AGCCAUCUCUCCAGACCCGAAGAUAAUAUUUUUAUUCAUUAAUAUUUAUUUAGAUUAUAGUCUUUUAUUAUUUUUCAUUUAUCGGAUUACAUUCUCUCGCCAUUCUUCCCCAUUCAGUUUAUGCAUGCUCUUUGUUGAGCAGACAGAAGUAUAACUUCCCUCCCUUGCUUGAAGUACACAGAUAACAUGGAUAAGCAAACCGCGCCACUCGCUGGCCCCGCCUUCUACGAGCCAAGUGUCCCUAAGGACCCCCCCCCCGCCCCCCCAACCGGCUGUUUUCCUAGAUGCCUAUCUGCGAAUCCCCACCUCCUUAAUUGGAGCUGCCUAUCAGCCGGCCUACGGCCACGGGCCACUGAAGCCCCUACGUAGGGCUGUUUCCGGAGAUGCCUACGUGCGGGCGGCAGGCGAGGCUCGGCCCUGCCGUCGGGAUUCUGGGCAAGAGCGCGGCACGGGACUGUGCGCGCGGCGCUUCAGGCAUUGCGGCGGGCAGCCCGGGCUCCGGUGCGCCGCGGGUGUGGGAAGACCCCGGCGCCAGCCUUGGCGCAAGGGCUAGUGGACGCGGCAGUGGCGACGGCGACGGGCGUUGCGAGCGAGUCCGCUACUUGUUUGUGGGUCGUACUUCUUCGGCGGUGCUCCGGUGCUGACUGAUUGUAGGGCAGCCAGCGCCAUGUCUGUGAGCGAGAUCUUCGUGGAGCUGCAGGGCUUUUUGGCUGCCGAGCAGGACAUCCGAGAGGAAAUACGAAAAGUUGUACAGAGUUUAGAACAAACUGCUCGAGAGAUUUUGACCCUACUUCAAGGGGUCCACCAGGGUACUGGAUUUCAGGACAUUCCAAAGAGGUGCUUGAAAGCGAGAGAACAUUUCAGUACAGUAAAAACACAUCUCACGUCCCUGAAGACCAAGUUCCCCGCUGAGCAGUAUUACAGGUUUCAUGAGCAUUGGCGGUUCGUGCUUCAGCGCCUGGUCUUCCUGGCAGCAUUUGUGGUAUAUUUGGAAACAGAGACCCUGGUGACCCGAGAGGCUGUUACAGAGAUUCUUGGCAUCGAGGCUGUCUGUCAACAGUGUCACUGCUGGAGACUACUCUCGGCCCCUUCACAUUUCUACUUUCAUCAAUGAGCUGGAUUCUGGUUUUCGUCUUCUCAAUCUGAAAAAUGACUCCCUGAGGAAGCGCUACGACGGCUUGAAGUACGAUGUGAAGAAAGUAGAGGAGGUGGUCUAUGACCUUUCCAUCCGAGGCUUCAAUAAGGAGACAGCAGCGGCUUGUGGUGAAAAAUAGGAGCUUUUCCCUGGGGCUGGCCUUGCUGGCGCCGCAGUUGCCAGGGAGGGCUAGCUCAGUGCCUCUUCCUGUAGUUAGCACACCAGUUGCUAAACACUGCGCUUUAUUUUCGUAACCAGCUGUGUGCUGUGAGUGUCAGAAUUGAAAUACUUUUUGGAUCUAAACAAAAAAAAAAAAAAGAAAAAGAAACCUUUCCACGGAUGGGGUUUUUUUGUUGAUUUUCAGUGCACUUGCCGUGCCGUGUUGUCGUCGUAUUACCAUUUUGUCAACAGUGUGAAUGUUGGUCCCUUGGUAAAAGUCCUUUCUUGCUUACCUGACUGUUGAUGUACUGACUGACAGGUUUGUUGUCUUGUUUGUAAUUUCUCCCACAAGUAAACAAUGAUGUUUUCUAGGUCCAGAUUAGUCCUCCAUUUCCAGCUAUAGCCUGGAUGCAGUGUGAGAAUAAAAUGGUUGACAAGCAAGGGAACUUUAUUUUGCCCAUCUUAAGUCUUGUAAGUGAGUUGAAUUUUUUGCCUAGGAAAUUUGAGGCCCCGACUCUGUCCCUGCUACUAAAACAGAGCAGAUGAAACUGUACAGUUCAACCCAGCAAGGUCAAGGUAGAAAGAGCCUCUGGAAAAGCGUUGUGAUGUCUUGUGUUGGGUUAGAGCAUCUGUUUUCUGACAUCACCUUACACCCCGGCUGCCGUAGCAGUUAGUCUUUACACCUGCCUAGAGCUAACACCUGUGUGCUGUAUUUGUAAACAUGGAGACCUUUUCUCAGCAGCCAGCUAGAACUGGUCUGGGAGUAGAAAGCCAUCCUCAUGUAUUCACUCCUUAUCUGUACUGAGGAGUGGCUUCUUAGAGACAUCAGUGCUGUUUGGAGUAGAAGAAAGUAAAAUUUGGCUUUAAAAAAUUCAUGUGAUUGGCAGUAUUUUUUGGAAUAAGAAAUUGAAGGUUGUGAUUCUGUCAGUACAUUUAAAAUGUAUAGUUUAGGGUAGUCAUGUAAACUUUGGGCUCCUCUAUGCCCUCUCCUUUUCAGAUCGCAUAAGAAUUCAUAUGUGGCCAUUCUUGGGGUAGAACUGAAAUUAUUAAAGUCAAGGCUGGUGAUGUAGCUUUUAGUGAUAGACUUGCUUGGCAAUGUGAGGCAAUGGUCCAUCCUAGGACUUCAAAAAACUGAAAGAAAAAAAGAAAAAAAAAACCCAACAAAAAUAGUGUAGGUUUUUUUUUUUUUUGCACCCUCUGACAGGAAGCUGCUGCCAUUACUAGUGUAAUAGGAAGUACUCAGGGGUGUCACCCUUUCUUUCUUGGUAGCAUUUUGGGCUUCAUGUUUGUGCAGUGGGAUCUUUGACACUGGCUUUUAUCAGGCCAUGGUUAGAGACUAACUGGAAAGUGGGGCCUGAAAGUGCAGGCUUGUGCUCCCAGGUACACAGGAGGCUGAGGCAGGAGAUUGGCAAAUUCAAGGCUUCAGGGGUAGCCUGUCUAACUGAGUGAGAUCCUGUGACAAAAAAAAAAAAAAAAAAAAAAAAAAAAGACCACCCACCCCCACACACACACACAAGCAAAAAACAAAAAACACCAACCAAAAAGGCUGGGGGUAUGUUUCAGUGACUUUCCCUCGCAUGUUUGAGGCCUUGGGUUCAACCCUUCGUUGUGCAGCGAGCGGGGUGGCAGGAGGCUGACUCUAAUUUCCCAUCCUGAGGAAUGAGCUGUGAUUGCUGUAUAUUGUUGGACAUGUAGACUAGCUUUCUUCAUGGUUCUUUUUGCAGGGUUAGAGUAAGGUAUUAGGCAAUUUUUGUUAGUUUACCAUUUGAGACAGGGUUUUGCUGGUAGUCCAGGCUGGCCUGGAACUCGCACCUCUGUUUCCGUUUCCUGAGUACAGGAUUAGACUCUUGAAAGUGUCUGGGAAGGUAGAAGGCUUUUCAGUUGCAUGGUAGUUUCACAGGCUCUUGCCUGUUCUUGUGGGUUCUGCUAGACAUCAUUAAAGCUCUUGUCAAAAGUUUCAUAUUUUCCUCUUUAGAGACAGAGGUUGUAAUGUCCUGCCUGUAGUGUUGUCUAGGCUGGUCUCAACCUCCUGGGCUGAAGCUCUCCUCUUGCCUCAGCCUGUGAGCAGCUGGGACUCUAGGUCAUUGCCACCAUACAUAACUCUUGAAAUUCAGUUUCAGAUGCAAUGAACAAAUUGCACUUAAAAGUGAAGGAGUAUGUUCUAGUGUUGUGAUUCUACUUGAGAGUUUAGAAGUGUCAUGUUGAUAAUUAGUUGUGUUCGUUACUGGCUUGUAAAGCAAUAAAACUGUUUUUGGUCUCUUUGUAAAGUA